AUGGAGGCCAAGUAUGUUUCGUGGCGGGAUACGUACCUGCGCUCAUGCGGUGCGGGUGUGUACUGCUACUACAAUGCGCGCGGCGACAACGGCAAUGCGAUCACCUGUUCCGAGGCGCACGGCUAUGCGAUGCUCAUCUCGGUGCUCCACCGCAACCGCGCCGACUUUGACGGCCUCUUGACAUUUCUGCUCAACUUUCGCAACGAGCGCGGGCUGAUGUGUUGGCAAAUCCGCUCCCCGCACCAGCCCUCUGCGGGCCGCGUCGAACCUUUCGUGGAAGAGGACGGGAAAACAUCGGCUACGGACGGAGACAUUGAUAUCGCAUCAUCGCUGUACCUCGCAGCACGAAUCUUUGGCGAGGGGAGGUACAGGGUGGAAGCGGAUCGGAUUGCAAGUGCAGUGUUGCAGUACACGAUUCAUCCGGAGCUGGGGACGCCGUUGCUGGGGGAUUGGGCAAACCGCGAUUCGGCAGAGGGCUGUAGGUUGUACGACGCCACACGCACCAGCGACUUUAUCCUCUCUGCAUUCGCACUCUUCAGUCGCCACCACUCGGACGCCACGCAGCGUCAAAAAUGGCAGUGGGUGCUUGAACGCACCAAGCAAACCGCGCUCAGCUGUGGAGGAGCCACAGGCUUCCUGCCGGACUUCCUCGAACAACGUGCAGGACAGUGGCAGCCAGCCAAGGGACAACUGCUCGAAUCGGAGCACGAUGGCGAUCUCAACUGGAACGCAUGUCGCACACCGUGGCGUCUUGCACACUACCUCGCUGUGACGGGCGAUACAUCCAUCCUACCCCUGCUGCAACACGCCCACCACUCGGCCCGCUCCAUCGCCGCAUUCAGCUUCCCCAACAUCCCAGCCGGUGUCCAACUCAAUGCCAGCCACGGCGUAAAGGCUCUGGUGGACUAUUCGGACAAGAGCUUCAUCGCCCCAGUUGGAUACAUGUGCCACGUGCUCGGAGAUGCAGAUGGCCACCGCCAGUGCAUCAGCGCUCUGGAGUUGCAAGGCGAAAGCUACUUUGGCGAUACCAUCGACCUUCUCAUCGCCGAACAGGCAAGUCAUGCCCGCGAAUGGCUUGGCUGA